GCAUCAGAGUGAAACGGAAAUCUUGGGAGGAACUCGACACAUCCUAACUGUCCAAAAUCACGGCGGGGCGAUGGAAGAUCACAUAUACAUCCGUCAGAAAAGUGCGAAAACAGCGGCGUUGUGGCGACAUUGUGAGUGACAGAACAUGGUUCCGGUCUGCUGGGGCGGACGUGACGUAAAACUGCCCGCUCCAGACGAUGGAAGAAAACGCCUCAGGACGGCCAUGGAGCCAGGUCCCGGUCAAACCCUCACCAUCGUGAAAUCGGUCCACAAAUCUCAGCCAGACCGCGACAGCCGACAGUGGAGGCGAGUGAGAAGUUUCUUCGACGACAAUACGCGAAGCGAGGUGAAGAGCGUGACAUUGGCCGUCCGGCAACUGCGCAGUUAGGCUUCAUAGGUCUCCAACUCGGAGUCGUACCUGAGUGCCGGGGCCGCGGCUCCGCGGGAGACACCGGUUCAGACGUCGGGCUGCCUCUCCGUGGCCGCUGGCUGGGUGAAACAGCGUGACAUUGAGUGCACGCCGGGUCCCCGUCACAAUAGCGUCCACACCGUCCUCAUGACAUGCGCGCGCAUGCGCACCAGUGCGGCCUGGGCUUCCAUGUUUGUAUGGCAACCCAACAGGGACACGUUUCCGUAUUCGUUUUGGGUUCGGCGGCCGUGAGCGACCCAGAGCUGUUCUGAGUGAACUUCACGCUGGCGCGCUGCUGUGACCGGCAACGACAGCCUCCAACUGGAUACAGUGAUGCAAAAUGUUGUUGUCACUGCCUGAUGUGGUCCGCCGGAAAUGAUGGUGCUGUAGCAGGAAGUUACCGACGAAGCGGUUUACGUGGAACGCAUGACGGAAGGACACGGCGUCACUUCCGCAGGCGGAGCCGAGCUCAGUCGUCGCCGUCACCAUGGCCGGAGCGGACGUGCGCCCCGAGCGGCCCUACCACCUGCUCAUCUUCGGAGCCUCCGGCUUCACGGGCCAGUUCGUGCUGGAGGAGGUGGCGCGCGCGGCGGCCGAAGGUCCGGGCGGGAGCCUGCGGUGGGCCGUGGCCGGGCGGAGCCGGCCCAGGCUGGAGCAGCUGCUGGAGCGGGCCGCCGCCGCUCUGGGUGAGCCGCAGCUGAGCGCAGGUGUGGACGUCAUCGUGGCGGAUGUGGAGGAGCCAGACUCCCUGGCGUCCAUGUGCCGACAGGCCGUGAUCGUUCUCAACUGCGUGGGUCCGUACAGGUUCUACGGUGAAGCAGUGGUGAAGGCCUGUGUGGAGAACGGAGCUCAUCACAUCGACAUCAGUGGAGAACCUCAGUUCCUGGAGGAGAUGCAGCUGAAGUACCACGAGCAGGCGGCCGACAGCGGCGUCUACAUCGUGGGCAGCUGCGGCUUCGACUCGGUGCCGGCAGACAUGGGCGUGCUCUACACCCGGGACCAGUUCAAAGGUCAGCUGACGGUGCUGGAGAGCUUCCUGACGGUCCGGGCCGGCCCCCACGGCGCCAGCAUCCAUGACGGCACCUGGCGGUCGGCCGUCCACGGCUUCGCCGACAGCGCCAGACUCCAGAGGCUCCGCAGGAAGGUCAAGUCCAAACCUCUGCCGGUGGUGGGCGGCAAGCUGAAGCGCAGAGGGUCCUUGUUCUUUAGCUCGGAGAUCCAGCAGUACUCGGUGCCCUUCAUGGGCUCGGACCCGUCGGUGGUCAGGAGGACGCAGCGCUUCCUGUGGGAGCAGCGGCAGGAGACUCCGGUCCAGUACGCCGCCUACGCCGGGGUGGGCGGCUUCAGCGCCGUGAUCAAGCUGGUGUUGGCCGGCGCCAUCUUCUGGCUGCUGGUCCAGUUCAGCUUGGGACGGAGCCUGCUGCUCAAGCACCCGGAGCUCUUCUCCUUCGGAGUCUUCACCAAGUCUGGGCCGACCCGGAAGCAGAUGGAGGCCUCCUCCUUCCGCCUCGACUUCUACGGCCGCGGCUACGCCGAGGGCCGGGAGCCCGGCGGGGCCCGGGGGCCCGACGCCACCAUCCGCACGGCAGUCCAGGGCCCAGAGUGCGGCUACGUGGCCACGCCCAUCAUCAUGGUGCAGGCCGCGCUCACCCUCCUCCACGAGGCCCGUGACCUGCCGCCCAGGGGCGGCGUCUUCACCCCGGGAGCCGCCUUUGCCAGGACCACUCUGAUCCAGCGGCUCCACCGGCACGGGAUCACCUUCUCGGUCGUCUGACCUGACCUUUGACCUCUGCAUCGUCUGCCUUCUGGUCCUUAACCCACCGAGUGUUUCCGCCCCCGCGGUCAUGCGAUCCUCUUGAACGCUACUGCCCCCUGCUGUGUCACUGUUGUCAUUAAAGCCUCGCGCCUGUGUGGCGCCCUUUAGUGUCCAUGUCGUCUCACUGCUCUUCGGGCCUGUGAGCUCCGGACCGGAGCCGCCUCAGGCGGGUCAAGAGUCCUUCCCGCUCCAGGAUCACGUGACGAGGACACCGGUUCGACCAAGCCAUGCAAGAGUGACACCUAGCGGAGCUGCUGUUGACAGUGACAUUGUCUGCAAACGUUUUAUUGAACUGAACCGGUGUAGAAAAAACCCAAAGCAGAGACAUUCAUCCUCCUUCAUGACGAGGGAUCCAGCAACACAGAAGUCCAACCAGGCGGGACAGGAAGACGGAGGGACGGCUCGCUCCUGCAGCAGAACCCAGCUCCUCUCUGGCGCUUGACUUGUGGAACUGAGGUAGAUGAACCCCAGAGCACACACCGGCAACACUGGCGCGGAGCCGCGUCCUCCCACCGCAGUGCACUCGGAUGCUAACAGCUUGUCACCUCAGUGGACCAACAGUAACUGGUGAUGCAGCUGGCUCCUUAGCAUUGGCAUGUUGCUAACUUGGGUAGCCGGCGACUCGACCUGGACAGGUGAG